GUCAGUUGACCUAUCACAGAGAUUUUUCAAUAAUUUUCUCCUAUUUGUUCUGGAAAGAUCAUUGAGAUUGACUUGUCGACCUCUCUUGCUCUUGACUUUCUCUGUCUCCGACAUAACCUACAGACAUUAGAAAGUUGUUUUAGCUCACUCAUUCAAAUCACAAAUUUGACGCAUCACUACAACUGUAGCAAUUAUUGGCAUUGAUAAUGAAAAUUGGCAGCAGCCAAAUAUACUUUCUGUCAGACUCACCUUACAACAUGUAAUCUUCGAAGCAACACCGGUCACAGAACAGAAGAACACCUCAUGUCAUGACCCCUCUCAACAAUAACACGAUCCCCAAAACACAUGCAAAAAAAAAAAAAGAACACGAUCGCCUAGGCCGAUGUUACCAACCUACUAAAUAUAUAAAUGGACAAAGAUAAGCCUUUUCCUGUCUGAUUUUGAACUUAUGUAGUCAUGGUUUAUUUUUUAAAAUAUCCAAUCGUGAGGGACCUUUAAAAUUUGUUUCUCUGAUUUGUGGUUUCUGUAGUGUAGUAAUUGUCACUUUUUGUUGUUCUGUUCGCGCAUUCGUGUUUCAAAUCGGCUUCUCGAGCAGCUGAUUAAAGUGUCAUUUGGGUAACAGCUGAUCACCUGUCAACACCUGUUAUUAUAGCAGAGAAGAAAUGUCGUUCGUGCUGGUUCUUUGGGAUAACCCGAUCAGCAGUAGCGUUGUGAAUAAGAGGGAUGUAAAGGGUGGGGUUGACGUGGGUCAGAAAAGGUUUAUUAAGUGGCACGGAAAGGAGUUUUAUGGCAAAAUAAUAAGAACUGGUAAGUGUCUACUGAGUGGCUGUAGUGCAUUGUGUGACCAUGGUUAAGUUAUAUGUAUUUUAAACUAUACCAUUAAUUCUAGGAUGUAAAAAUGAUCUUGAAGCCAUCACUCUCACACAUGAAGGGGACAUCGUUGACCCAAACCUAUAGAAUAUAUUUAUUUCAAACUAUAUCAUUAAUUCUAGGAUUUAAGAAAGAUCUUGAAGCCAUCACUCUCACAAACGACGGGGACAUCUUUGACCCAAACCGAGGUCCUGAAUGUGAGGCAGUAAAAUCUCGGAAAGCAUUGCUUGAUGAGAGGUUGAGAAAGGGAGUGCAGUACAAGUCGGCUACUCAAGCAGCUAGGGCCCACUUUUUGUACAAUCUCACUUUGGAUGCUGCAGAUGAGCAAAAUAUCAACGAUGAUGAUGCCCAAAUUGAUGGAGAAGACAUUGAAGGUACAGAACAUGCAAUUUAUAGAAAGUUGGUUCCAUCUCUUUUAGGUUCUGCCCACUAUUGCUAUUUUCAAUUUUGUAUUAUUUUGUGUUGCUUAGAAAUUGACUUUUCUUCAUGUGGGACGGUGGAGGAAAUGGUGGGCAAGCUUCCGCAGCCUCUCCAGAAAAGACAUAUCAAAAAGUUGUUGAAUAACCUGCCGUGUCUCACAACAAAUAAGAACAAACCAAAAAUGGUCAGACUAUCUCCAAAACACAAUUCAUAUAUUGAUGAAGUUGCCGCUUGGGGAUAUUCCAAAAUGUACCUCGACAAACCUGAAGAGAUGUUCGGUCAGUUGUUGCUGGAGUGCGUGCCAGAGGUAGUUCUUGGCUUGCCAUUUUUGUCCAGUUCUGGUACAAAUGGCAGAGUGGGCAUCCCCUCACACAUAACACAUGCAGUCUGCUUUUUUGUCAAUCUGAGGUCAUCAGGGGUUUUUACUUUGACUAAAAUGACCAAAAAGGUCAACAACUUACUGAAAACAGUCAGGAAAGAUGAAAAACUGCAAAAAAGGCUGUCAGACUUGUUAAAGAAGUAGUAUGUUUCUUCAAUCAAUUUUCUCUAACGAUACCUGUAAAAGUAUCGUUGACGUUUUGUUUGUUAUUUAUUUAUUCUGUUGUUUUGUUAUAAUUAAAAGGGUUGGUAAUAAAUACUAUUCACAGUUAUUCUGGUUAUAUCUUCUGCCCAUCCAACUUUCACUUUGCCGUGUCACGAAUUCUUGACAAGUAUAGUAGUAUGGUGCACGCCCAAAUUCAAUUCGAACACACGGCUGAAGCAGCGCACCGGGGAACUGAAACCCUAUCUCUGGCGCGUCUCUCCGUUGAGUCAGCUCUGUCUGCGUAAUGGCUCCCCGUAGU